AUGGCGGGAGGUCUCACCAAGUACCGGCAUCUGAGCCGCAACUCGUCGGCACGACAGGCCCUGCUUCGCGGCCUCGUCACCUCCCUCGUCGCCCACGAGCACAUUCACACCACCUUUGCUAAGGCCAAGGAGGCCCAGCGCCUCGCUGAGAAGCUCAUCACCUACGCGAAGCGCGACAACGAGGAGACGAGGCGGAAAGCUCAGGCGAUUCUCUACACACCCCACGACCUCCUCCCCAAGCUCUUCGGCGAGCUCCGCACACGCUACUCCGAGCGCCCGGGAGGCUACACGCGCGUGCUGCGCACCGAGCCCCGGAGCACCUACGACCAGGCGCCUUCUGCGAUUCUCGAGCUCGUCGACGGGCCUCGCGACGUGCGCUUCAUGAUGACGGCCAAGGCCGUCGCCCACGACAAGGACUCCGGCCACCGCAGCACCGACCUGACCAAGAAGAACGUCGCCAAGGUGACGAGGUACCGCAAGGACGGCAAGACGGCGUUCGACGACAUGGUGGCCAGCUUCAGGCUUCUCACGGCCCGGUCGGAUGCGAAGGCGGCGAAGAAGGAGGAGUUGUUGGAAGGGGCCAAGGUCAAGGCUAAGAAGGUGAAGGCCGCCAAGAAGGCGUAA